AAAACCAACCAAGGGCCCACCAUCCACGCCUGGGCCUCGUCGGAAUUGAUGAGCCCCGUAGCAGAUCUUCAGGGCCCACGGGGCUUCGUCCCACGCGAGAAAAACAAUACAUCAAACUCAAUGACGCGUAGAUUUGGAGUCCUACGCAUUGGCUUCCUCCUAUAUCCCUCUGGCCCUCUGGUCGGCUAUCUUGCCAUGUCCCCAACACGGCUCACCGCAACGUGUUCACCCCUGGGGCAGCUAGGGCGGGCUGUGCGCCAACGUUGA